GGAGCCAGGGCGAGCACGGCGCUGGGGCUCAGCGUUUGGCCUCAGUCAAUGCACUGGGUGCGUGGAUGCGGCAGAGAAAUAAAUGAGGAGUCAUAGCGAAGACAUCUUUGCAGCCAAGGGAAAAGGAACUGACGUUGGGGAUCGCUGGAGCGGGGAGCAGAGGGAGCCUGCUGGGUCUGGCUUCCACCCGCAGCAAGCUAACAUCUGGGCACAGCUGCUUCCCGGAGCCCUUUCUGCCGCUGCACGUCGCCUUCUUUGGCGGCCAUGGAGUCGAAUGGCAGUUUCCUCGGUUGCAACAGCUUGAAAGAUGACAAGGACCUGAAGUUCCUCUUGAAAGGCAGCCAGCUGCUAAAAGUGAAGUCAAGCUCUUGGAGGAAGGAGCGGUUUUAUAAGCUCCAGGAGGACUGCAAAACCAUAUGGCAGGAAUCAAAGAAGAUGCUGAGGUCUCCAGACUCACAGAUCUUCUCUAUUGAAGAUAUUCGGGAUGUGAGGUCAGGCCAUAAAACAGAAGGUAUGGAAAAAUACGCCAAGGAUGUACCAGAGUAUCGCUGCUUUUCCAUCAUUUUCAAAGACCAGCGGAAAAACCUGGACCUCAUUGCAAGUUCAGAGGAUGAUGCCAACCACUGGGUCUGCGGCCUUGGGAAAAUCAUAGCCCACAGCAACUCCAUGAACCAGAAACAGAAACUCCAACAUUGGAUUCACACCUGCCUGCGGAAAGCUGAUAAGAACAAAGACAACAAGAUGAGCUUUAAAGAACUCAAGAACUUCCUGAAAGAAGUGAACAUUGAAGUUGAUGACUAUCAUGCCAAGGCAAUUUUCCAGCACUGUGACAAGUCCAAAACAGAGGCUCUGGAGGAUGAUGAGAUAGAGGAAUUUUACAAGAUACUAACAGAGAGAAAGGAAAUAGACAAAAUCUUCCAGAAGUACUCAGAUGCAGAAGGGCUCAUGUCCUGCCAGAACCUGGUGAGGUUCCUCUAUGAGACACAGCAAGAAGAAGAUGCUGUUGUUGCUGCCCCUCCCUUGAUUCAGAGAUACGAGCCCAGUGAACGAGCCAAGAAGCGUAACGCCAUGACCAAAGAUGGUUUCCUGAUGUACUUGCUGUCUGACGAUGGGAAUAUAUUCAACGCCUCCCACCGUAAAGUUUACCAGGACAUGAAUCAACCUCUCAGUCACUACUUUGUGUCAUCCUCACACAAUACCUACCUUAUGGAUGACCAGCUUACAGGCCCUAGCAGCACAGAAGCCUACAUCAGAGCCCUCACCAAAGGUUGCCGCUGUGUGGAGUUGGACUGCUGGGAUGGCCCUAACUCGGAGCCUAUCAUUUAUCAUGGCUACACUCUCACCUCCAAGAUCCUCUUCUGUGAUGUCAUUAAGGCUAUCAAGAACUAUGCUUUCAAAACUUCACCAUACCCUGUCAUCAUCUCUCUGGAGAACCACUGCAGCCUCGAUCAGCAGAAGGUCAUGGCUCGGCACAUGACAACCAUUCUGCAGGACAUGCUCCUGGUCGCCCCGAUUGAUGGAAGCAAAUCCCAGUUCCCCUCCCCAGAGCAACUGAAAGGGAAGAUCCUUGUGAAAGGCAAGAAGCUGAGCAGACAGGAAGACCCCACUGGGACAAAUGGGAACAACAACCUGGAGGCUGAGGAUGUCUCUGAUGAAGAUGAAGCAGCUGAAAUGGAAGAUGAAUCUGUGAAGACAGAGGUGCAGCAGAAAGGGAAGAGUGACACCCUCAAGCUGGCCAAAGAGCUGUCAGACACAGUUGUCUACUGCAAGAGUGUUCAUUUCAAUGGCUUUGAAGACCCCAGCCACCCUCGAGCUUUCCAUGAGAUGUCAUCGUUCACAGAGAGCAAAGCUCUGAAACUAGCUCAGGAGUCUGGAAACAGCUUUAUUCUUCAUAACAUCAGGCACCUGAGCCGAAUAUACCCUGCAGGCUGGAGGACAGAUUCUUCCAACUACAAUCCUGUUGACUUGUGGAACGUCGGCUGCCAGAUUGUUGCCCUAAAUUUCCAGACAGGAGGCACAGAAAUGGAUGUCUACCAGGGCCGGUUCCAGGACAAUGGGUUUUCUGGGUAUGUCUUAAAGCCGGAAUUCCUCCGGGAUGAGCAAACCAAAUUCAAUCCAAAAUCCAUCACAGAAGGAACAUGGGGGACAAAGAAGAAGCUUCUACUUAAAAUCAUCUCUGGUCAGCAGCUGCCCAAAGUAAACAAGAGCAAAAACUCAAUCGUUGAUCCCAGGGUAACAAUUGAGAUCCAUGGAGUCCAGCAGGAUAACAACAAGAAGCAGACCAAAGUCGUUGAAAAUAAUGGCUUCAACCCAAAUUGGGACGAAGAGUUUACAUUUGACAUAGAGAUCCCUGCGCUUGCCCUGGUCCGAUUUGUGGUAGAAGACUUUGACAUGUCAACCAAGAACGACUUCAUUGGGCAGUAUACUGUUCCCUUCACCAGUCUGAAGCAAGGUUACCGCCAUAUUCACCUUCUGACCAAGAAUGGAGACCCCUACUCCUCCUCCACCCUCUUUGUGUAUGUCAACAUCCAGGACUGUGAUUAGCAGCUCAGUAAGUGGGUGGGUGAACCAUCUUACAGACCUACAAGGAACUCAGCACGUCAUCUACCACUGUCAGGGUCCCAUCAAACCCACAGUGCCUUCUCCAGAGCAGCACACGUUGCCCAUGGGGUCCUGAUGUAAAAUAGCCAUCGACUCCCUCCCUCCUGCGAGUUGGAAACAUCCUAAUGCUGCUGUUGAGAUUAAUCCUUUUGUACAUGUCCAACCAAUCCAGCUGUGUUUUUGAGUUCACUUUAUAUAGUGUGGUUUUUAAUUCUGCUUUUAGAAAGAGGAUAGAGACUCCUUUUUAGCAAAUCCUGGUUUGGGUUCUGUCACACAUCUGGACAAAAUACCUGACACCUAUGCAAGAAAAACCCACUUUGACACUGAAAGCAGGAGCCAGACACCAGGUGACUUCUUGCAACUUCAGCUGUCAGCCAUCCUUUACCAUAUGAAGUCUUAAAGGAGGACAUGAUUCUCCUCUUAUCUGUUACAGAUUAAAACAAGAAAGCUGCACUACAAAGGGCCGUGUUAUAUAACUUGACUUUCUUUUUGUAUUAUAAUAAAAAAUACAUGAAUACUGCUCUGCCUGUGUGCCUGGCUUCCAGCCAGGUCACUGUGCAUUCAGAGCCUGGCUCUUAUUCUGUGAAGGAGAACAAAACUGCCGAACAGUAGAUUUCCCUCUAUCCCAAAAUGAAGCCCACUCACAGGGACCUCAGAGAUGAGAGUGGAAAUAAAUACACUGAACUGACAGUAGGGCUUUUUUGUUUUGUUUUGUUUUUAUAGGAAAAUCUCUUUUUUAACCCAGAGGAAGCAGUGGUGGAAAGAGUUUUAAAUGUUAGCUUGAUCCCAUUGCACUGCAGAAGUAACCCAGCACAAGCAGACAAAAGCAUUUUGAACAACAACCCAGUAUUUAUGGCAAAAGGUGUUUUUUUGUUUCUUUGUUUUUUUCUAGCACAACAGUGGAGUUAAGUGAAUAUUGUUGAAAUAAAAUAAUAUAUAUUUUGAAGCUCCAAUGAUGUUACAAACACUGUGUUAGACUAUUAAAAAAGUAUCUGGAAAAGUCCAA